UCGAUGCCCACACACCAAAAUACCACUUGUGAUAUUACGUCAGAAGAGCAAACGGAAACACUUAGGGCGUGAGAACAGCUAUAUAUUCCAKUUAGAUAAUAAGAAUCAAAAAGAAGUGGUCAGUAGUUCAGUGCAGCAGUGGAAGUUCAGAGAACAGAGAAGCCUGAGCAACAUGAACUCGCCAUUCAACAACAGUACCUCCAUGACACAGGUGCAAAGCUGUGCGGCAAGUGAGACUGAUUCUACCACACUCAAGGUCAUCAAGACAGUCUUAUACUCUCUAAUCAUGGUGGCAGCGCUUCUUGGGAACUUAUUUAUAAUUAUUAUCGUUUACAAGAAGRAAAACAUGCGACGAACAACCAACAUCUUCAUUGCCAACAUGGCAGCAUCGGAUAUCUUCAUCGCUGUUGUUGUUAUUCCAACCAUCCUUGUAGAACUCUACAUUGGGCCUCGCGUAUGGCUUAUUGAUGGAAGCUUUGGGACGUUCCUGUGCAAGUUCUGCUUCUCCUUCGCUGAUUGGUCGGUGUGUAUCUCAAUUACAAGCCAUACCGUUAUUGCUUUUGAUCGUUUCUGGGCGAUAGUCUAUUCUUUACGCCCAUCACCCAUCACUCCAGCUCGAAGGAAGYACAUCAUUGCUCUCAUCUGGCUUUACGGCUUCAUACUUCAUUCACCCAACUGGUAUGUGUACGAGCUUCACAAGAUAGGAAACAAGACACUCUGUUUUCCUGACUGGUCUUCAUUAGAGGGCAAAAAAUCAUCCCAGAUUUACUUUGCAGUAAUCUUUAUUUUCGUAAUAAGUAUUCCAGUUUUCCUAAUGAUCAUAUUCUACUCGUGUUUGAUGGUUUCUCUUAACAUACACAGUAACCAGCUUGCCGCACAAGCCUCUGAAGUCCGUAAACAACGACGAAAAGAAGACAUACGAGUUCUUCGAAAAGUCAUAGUCAUGUUGACAGCAUUUCUUUUGAGUUUAAUUCCUAUAACAGUGUUAGGAUUGUUGAGUUUCUAUGUGUGGGACGGCCAAAUACCUUGCAAUGCCUGGAAAUUUACGUUUACAGCCUUCGUCCUGUUUGUUUCAAACAGCGCCAUCAAUCCUUGGCUAUGCAUUGGAUUACAUGAGAGCUACAGACAUUUCAUAAGAAGAUACGUUUUAUCGCGGAGAUGCAAGACAUCGGGGACAGUACCUUUAUCCUCGACCAAGCUGAAUGAAAUUGAGCUCAACACUCAAACACAAGGAUUUGAAAUAGAAAACGACAAUGAUUCUCAAGGAGUUUUCCUGCAAUCCAGUCCUCCGAAUUUCUUGAGAGUCUUGAAAACUACAAACAUUACCUCUGGACAAAAUUCAAAUGGGGUUUGAUGAUGAGUUGGRAAGACGUUUAUACAAAGGUUUACUUGGGAAUAUAUACUGGUACAAAGAUUGUAAUGUAUUGUAUGAUGGUUGCUAGAUUAUUAAGUAAGAUCCGAUGUUAGACAAUUUCAGAUUUUACAGAAUACUGCAAAAGGAAACUGUAUAUAAGUGUUAAAUUAGAACUAAUGCCAGGGGAAAAAACUUGCUUGAGUUAUUCGUACAAGAUAAGGUACUCAAUGUCUAAAGACUAUCUACACAGUCUAUUAACCUUUUGUAGCAUAUGACGUCAUAAUCACAAUUUAAUGGACUAUAUGUGAAAAAUGUUUAAUAUAACAGUCAUGACUCUUCUCUGCUAACAACCACUCAUAACCGACAAGCAAUGUUAUUGUACAUAAAUUAACACUGGCUGCAGAAAGAGAUCUUUCAGUUAAACUAUCUUCAGUCCAUGAUCUAGUUGGACGUAAUGUUUAUAAACCACAUUGGCAUUGCACGAUGUUAAUGAACCAACCAUUAUAACCAUAUCUUUUUUUCCUUCUGCUUUAUUUAAUAUUGUCCUUUAGAUUUAUUAUUGGCAAUUUAAAUAACAAUUUUAAACAAAUUUCAUCAUUGUACGUUCACCUAUUAAUAAGCUAAAUUUACAGCUAUUGGAUUAGUAAAGCCCCGUUUAUUGCGGCGAUUUUUGCUGCGAUUUUUGCUGCGAUUUUUGCUGCGAUUUUUGUGGCAAUUUUCGGAAAUAUGAAAUCUUAUGUCUCCUCCUUCAAAAGUGACAUUCGUCAAGGAAAAUCUUGGUAUCCUGAAAAAAAAUUUACAAGUAAAUCCUUUACCAUUAUUUAUUACGGACAAAAUCGCAAGAAAAUCGCAAGAAAAUCGCUAGUGUAGACGUGGCUUAAGAUAGAUUAUCUCUGCAACUUUAGUGGGAAAAUUCAACCCAUAGCUUUGCAAUCUUGUUGAGUAGGCCCUGAUAAGAGGACGGGUAGGGGGCAAUUGCCUCCCUCUCCUCUGUUUCCUUCCAACUUUUUUUUAAAAAAAGGUUUAAAAUGAAAUCUAUGAUACGCAAGGAUAAUGAAUGGAGUUCUAAAGAUUAGACAACAAGAAAUAACUACCGAUAUAUUAAGUUUUCCUCAUUUGAACCCAAUCGAUGAUUAUUGUCGUAUUCUUGGCCAUGCUGUAAACUAAUGCUUUUCGGAUUAAUUGAAUUUAAUCAAUAAAGUCUUAUUAUGUAUUCUUAUCUUAAAGGCGCAUAAACUCAUCAUGUAAACGCUCAUGUAACUCAUCUGUUUCAGUAAAAUAAGCUAUACAAUAAACAAAACCAUUAACUUUCUUAGGCCCCGUCCACACUAUGCCGGAUAAAUUUGAAUCCGAAUUUUUAUUUAUUCGGUUUGGCCUACCGUCCACACUAGUUCGGGCGAAUCCGGAACAAUUCUUCACCGAAAACGAGUUUUUGUCGAAUAUGGAGUUCUCCAGAGUGGAACAAUUUGAAAACGCCGGCUAGCCGUAUUAGUGUGGAGGAARAACAUUUCGUAUCCGAAAUUUUUCGAAUACAAUGACGUCAUGAUUGUCAUGGGAACAUG